UUCUCACCUUUCUAGGUCUAAUUUUUCUGUUUAAUAUUUUCCCCCUUUUUUUACAUUUUAAUUUUUACUUGCUACUUUGGACUCGUUAUUGUUACUUGUUUUGCUACUUACAAUGUCACAUUCGUUCUGAAUCCAAACGAAUCAACUUCAAAAUUUCACUCUUUCAUGGUUUCUUUUACCUUGCACUUGAAUUCAGUUCCCACUUCCCACAUUGCAAAAUUGAACAAUUGGGAACAACAAUUUUUGGAGUAAAAAAGAAAAGGAAGAAUUUAAUGUGGUAGUGUUGGGAAUUGUUGAUCAACUAAAUCUGGAAACUGCACUGCUUGAUAUCAACUUCUGCACAUGUGGCUCAAUCCUCUGCAUGCAUGAUGGAUGAUGGCCACAAACAUGGAAACAGUAGGCAUACAAUAGACUACUACAGAGGAGCGAAUUCCCCGUGGAGUAUGGCUUCACAGCAUCAAGUAACGGAACCAAAUGCACUAGUUAUGAAUAAGAAAAUUAGGUCCAUUAUGGCCGAAAGGCGUGCAAUUCUAGAAUUGGAAGCUGCUAUAUCUGAAAAGAAUGAAGCCUUGGCUGCUAGAGAUGAGGCCCUGCGUCAGAGGGAUGAAGCAAUUGCUCAGAGGGAUAAUGCCAUAAGGGAACGCGAUAAUGCCCUUGCUGCACUUCAAAAUCGGGAAGAUGCUAUCAACUUCUCAUUGGGCAAUGGAGUUCAACGCGGUUCAAAACGAAUGCACCAUCCUGCUAACUAUCUAGAUAACAUGACAGAUGCCACAUACAACACAAAGGAUGUGCCGAUCACUGAUGCCUUCCCGGUGACAAUCAUACCUUCUGAUGCUAUCAAAUCACAUCAGGCUAAGAAAACUAAGGAGAACAAGACAAUCUCUCCUAAGGCAUCAAAGACUCCUAGUAAAGGAAAGAAAAUGGGUGAGGAUUUAAAUCAAAGGGCAUCUUCCGAAGGGACGAAGUUCAAAUCAGAAUGGGAUAGGCAAGAUGUUGGCUUGAAUUUGGUUACCUUCGAUGAAACUUACAUGCCCGUCCCGGUUUGCACAUGCACAGGAGUACCACGGCAGUGCUACAAAUGGGGUAAUGGUGGAUGGCAGUCAUCUUGUUGUACCACCACUUUGUCAGUAUAUCCGCUACCGCAGCUUCCUAACAAGCGCCAUGCACGUAUAGGAGGGAGAAAGAUGAGCGGCAGUGUCUUCACACGAUUACUAAGUAGGUUUGCAGCACAAGGACAUGAUUUAUCUGUACCAUUGGAUCUUAAGGACUACUGGGCCAGACAUGGAACAAAUCGCUACAUUACUAUCAAGUAGCUAGCGAACAUUCAUUAGGAAUGUGUCCCAAUUUGGCCUCUCAUUAAAAAUAUCCCUUGAUAAGAAGCAUUAUAUGCUUGAAUUUUGUGAAAGAAGGGAUAUUUUGUCUCCUAAAAUUUUGUUCCAUAGCCUUCUAUCCUUUCAGAUGGGAUAGCUGUAAAGUACUGUCUAUGUAGAUGUGGAUUUUUAGGUGAUCAAGACCAAGGGGUUACUUUUCUAACCUGUUUAUGAGACCCCUUUUCUAUGAAAUGCUGCUGGGAAAGUCUACCUUAAGACACUUUUGGCCUUUUAAA